GAGGGGGAAAAAGGAAGUGCCUGAGACGGAAGUCGUGGCCUGUCCGCCGUCCCCGCAUGGCGGCCGCUGGGCUCCUCCCGCUCCCGCCGCUGCCAUCCAUAGGGCUGCCCGGCUGUGCCGGAGCCUAAGCCAGGAGAAGGCCUCCGCUUCCUCCUCGCUUUCCUCUUCCUCCUCCUUCCCCCGCCGGCCCCAUGGGGAAGUACUUCCUGACCCUGAGCGUCCUCAAGGGGCCCUGGGACCAAGUCUUCGCCGCCUUCUGGCAGCGCUAUCCCAACCCCUACAGCAAACAUGUCCUGACAGAGGAUAUCUUACACCGAGAGGUGACAGAAGACCAGAAGCUGCUUUCCAGGCGGCUCCUAACCAAGACCAACCGGAUGCCACGCUGGGCAGAGUGCUUUUUUCCAGCCAAUGUCGCCCACUCUGUCUAUAUCCUAGAAGAUUCCAUUGUGGACCCACUGAACCGAACCAUGACCACAUUCACCUGGAACAUUAAUCAUGCACGUCUGAUGGUGGUAGAGGAACGGUGUGUUUACAGAGAGAACCCAGAAAACACUAGCUGGACAGAAGUCAAGCGGGAAGCUUGGGUGACCUCCAGCCUGUUUGGGGUUUCCCGUGCUGUCCAGGAGUUUGGUUUGGCCAGGUUCAAAAGCAAUGUGACCAAGAGCACCAAAGGGUUUGAGUAUGUGCUAGCCAAAAUGCAGGGUGAAACACCAUCUAAAACACUGGUGGAAACUGCAAAGGAGGCAACUGAGAAAGCAAAGGAGACUGCCUUGGCUGCCACCGAGAAAGCAAAGGAUUUGGCUAGCAAGGCAGCUACUAAGAAGAAGCAGCAAUAUGUAUGAAAAAACCUACACAUCCUCCUACUAGUGGGGAUAGAAGGCUGCUGGCACAGUGCAGUAUGGUAAUACUGGAAAGCUCUCCUGUAACUAAAGCUUCUCUUCCUUUGAGAGGCAGAGCUGACUAGUGUCUUUAGAUUUUAUGUUUGUGUUUUUUACUGAAAUUGUAAAAAUUGGGACAAUCAUCUUCUUUCUAAAAAGGUGUAAUUAUCAUUAAAAAUAUAGAACAGUUAAGCCCACUCCUAGGGCCUGUUCCUGAGGUGGGUGCUGCUCUUUGAACUGUGAUUGAAACAAUAUAAAUCUUCCUGUUUACAUUUA